CACAUAAUUUCUACCAUAUCCCAUAAACAGCUUCUUCAAUUACCUCAUUCCAAAAGUAAGGGCGAAAUCCCAUUCCCUCUGUCCUCCCCUCCCCGCGUCCUCCGAAUCCGAGUCUCCGAGUCUCCGCCCCGAAGAUACAGUCAUCCCACUCAAGGAUCGCGACGGAAUCGCAAAGCACAGUGUACUCGGCGCAAUUGUUAUAAACCCUCGAGGUUUCGCACUUAAACUGGGUUCAAUUCGUGGACAGCACCAGCAAUUCCAAACUUACCAAUCUCCCCAUUCCAUCGGAGGAUCCAGUUACCCUCAAGGUAGCAUUUAGCCAUUCCCUCAGCCCCGCCUCCAAUUCCGCAAAGCUACGAGGGGAACAAUUCUCCAAGACAACCACCUCCUUCAUACAAGACAACCAAACCCGAACCACCAGCCAACAUGCAUUCUCCUUCGGACCCAACCCUUCAAUUCGACUCUAUUGAGGACACAAUAGCAGCCUUCAAGAACGGUGAAUUCAUCAUCGUGCUCGAUGACCAAGACCGCGAAAAUGAAGGCGAUCUCAUCAUCGCCGCCGACUCCAUCACUCCGGCGCAAAUGGCCUUCCUAGUUCGCCACACAAGUGGGCUGAUCUGCGCCCCUGUCACCCCCGAAAUAGCCGCCCGACUCGCCCUCCCCCAAAUGGUUACCGAGAACGCCGAUCCCAAGGGAACCGCAUAUACCGUCUCGGUCGACGCAGCUGAUCCCUCCAUAACAACAGGUAUCUCGGCACAGGACCGCGCCCUUGCCUGUCGGAUCUUGGGAUCUCCCACCUCCACGGCAGCGGAUCUGCGACGACCCGGCCAUGUGAUUCCGCUACAGGCUAGACCCGGAGGUGUUAGGGAACGCAAGGGACAUACAGAGGCAGCAGUGGAGUUCUGUCGGUUGGCGGGCAAGACGCAGGCGGGUGUCAUCGCGGAACUUGUCGAGGAUGGAGAGGUCGUCCAGGGAGUCCCGGAGAUUGGAGGCAACAAUGGGAUGAUGAGACGGGAUGGGUGUUUGAGAUUUGGCAAGAAGUGGGGGAUCAAGGUGUGUACGAUUGAGGAUCUGGUGGAGUAUGUUGAGAAGGUGGAGGGUGCUGCUGCUGUUAAUGGGCACUGAGUGGGUGAGUGAGUGAGUGUUGAUCGAUUCCUCAUACAUGAUUUCUUUUCUCCAUCGCCUCUCUUGCAUGUCUUCUUGUUCCAUAUUGUUCUUGUUGGAGCAUCUUAACAUGCGUGCUUUCUACUGUCUUGUUUCAUACCUUUUAUAUUCACUCUCUUUCUUUCGUGGUUUACCUCAUGGGACCGGAUGGACCUCGUUGCAUUCAAGGGGGAAAACAACUCGAAAAUUUGGCUGGGUGUAUAUACUUACUAGAUGGAGGGUGCACGGUUGGAUGGAUGUUGGCUUCGUCAAUAGAG